AUGAAGAUUCUUACUAAAGAACAAGAAGAAGCUCACUACAGAUCCGUCGUCAAAGGCGGCACAGUCGGCGGCCUCCUCGGUCUCGCCGGCGGCGUAGCAGGCGUCCUACUCGCCUCACGUCGUUACCACACAAUCCGCAACCUAACCCUUCCCAUGAAAGCCUUCCUGGUGACGUCCUCGGGUACCUUCACCGGUAUCAUCGCCGCCGACCACGCCUCGCGCGAGUACGAGAACGAGCAAAACGCCGCAUAUCAAUGGUACGAGAAUCGCGAAGAGCGUCUCCGCGCUGAAGAGAUCCGCGGUCUCAGCUUCACUGACCGCGCUGCUGCCUUCGCCCGUCGCGAGAAAUACAAGAUCAUCACCGCCACCUGGGUUGCGUCGAUGGUUGGCUCGUUUGCGCUGGUCAGUCGCAUUCCCGGACUCAGCGGACAACAGAAGCUCGUGCAGGCUCGUGUGUAUGCACAGGGUCUGACGCUGGGUGUGUUGUGUGCUUCGGCUGCAUUUGAGAUCUCGGAUCAGCGUCGUGGUCGCGGCUUGCUGGACUCGAAGAAGAAGGCCGAUGCAGCGAAGAAUAGGGUUGAGGAUGUUGAGGAGGACCAGCCUGUUCACCAGGGUGGUAAGCCUACAGAGGGCGAUCUCUGGAAGGAUAUGGUUGCUGCGGAGGAGGAGCGCUUGAGCUCGAAGCAUCAGUCUCUCUAUGAUAAUCACGAGAAGCAGCAGGCUGCUGGUGAAGAGAAGAAGGAGGAGAAGUCUGAGGAGAGUGGUGAUGAAAAGGACUCCAAGACAGAGAAGAAGGACACAGAGUCCAAGAACAAAAAGAAGAGCUCCUAG